CGACGAAGAUGACAGGCCCGAGCGGGAGUUGCGGAAACCGUAACGACCUAGGGAUUGCACUGACACCUCUCGCGAGAAUCCGCACAUCAUCGCAUGGAGAAUUGUCGGACGGUCUAGAUGAGUUCGGGGGAGUAUGUCUACCUACUAUGGUUUCCUGUGGUGGGGUGAGGACUUGCCUGAUGAGUUCGGGGAAAGCCAUGAUGCGGCGGAAUUUGCUGCAAGGAACUCGCGGCUGAGCCAAACAGGCAAACAUCAUGGAUGCAGCCAUUCGGCAAUCACCAGUCAUGACCAGAAGGCGAAAUGGUCACGUUUCUGUAACUGGACUCUCUAAUUUUUCACUGGCGAAGGCUAUCGACAGUUAGCGAACGUUCACGAACGCUAGCGACUGCGGCGAUUGCUGGCGACAGCAGAGGUCAUGACUCGACUCAUGCUGGAAGAGGUGUGCGCUAGGCGCCCCAUAAUGGACCUUGUCCCAACAGAGGCAGUGUGUGUGCAUAUUGUCGGUAGAAUCUGGUUGACAAUGAACGAAACGGUCAGAUUACCGACAAUGAAGGCGACGUGGUCGCUCUGAUGUGGAGGACUUAGUUAUCACGUUCCUAUUACAGUUUCCCCGCAACCUGCGGGACAUAGCGGAGAGCCAUGGGUCGGAUGAACGGCUCGAGGCAAACAACUAACCGCAAAAUGGCAUUGCUAGGCUGUGACAGCCUGGCAUUGUUGUCCACUCAGGUGUCGUGCAUUCAGCUAUGCGGACAUACGCUCCUUAGUUCUCGUAGGCCGUAUUACGACCCCACGUAUAUACCGGUCAGGAUUAGCAAUAGCAUUUCAUUCCAACCGUCCAGCAGGCAAAAUGGCUCCUCGGAUUACCCUAUUGCCCUUCGCCGCUCAUCUGGCCAUCUCAUUCUUCGUGUUGGCUUCUGGAGAGCUUGAUGUGGUGCUGACGAGAUACCAAGCCCCUGUGGACGCUCUGUGUGUGGGGACCAACAGAACAGCAGCAUAUGGCGUCCCUCUGCUCCAAUCCACAACCAGCGAGAACGUCAAUCUCUUGUCUUCUACAGGAACGAUGGCUGCAGACGCGGAUUUCCUUUACAUUGGAAGUUCAGCGCUAGCCAGUCAGAGAUCGUGCCUACCGGACUCUAUGGUUGAUGUCUGCAUCCAAAACUCUCCUGAUGAUGCUUUCACGAAAAUUUCUCUCGCGGAACUCCCAGCGAACAUCCAAGAUUCGUCAUACGUCGUCUCUCUUGUCUCUCAGAAUCAGAUCGCGGGCCAAGAUGUUCACCUGUGCACCUCAAAUGAUUAUCCACGUGACAUGGUUGUGGAAGGUGCACCGACAACACUUACGGUGUCAAUGCACAGCUCCAAUGUCACAUAUGCGGGCCCUGGAUUUCAAGCAACACUUCCUCCAUUCAUUGACAGUGCUAUCGCCUCCUACCUGUACAACAACUUCAGACAGAAAGCGUUUUCUCGCGUCUAUGGAGCUAUCCUGGUCACUCGGGUUCCUAAAUCCGUCUCAACCACACCAAAAUGGGCUACAGCGUACCUGAUAUACCGUCUCAUAGGCAAACCGAGCAGCACUUCUCCAGAAAUCAUCGGAAACCUUUUCUAUGCAUCUUAUGUUGAGGGUGGCUCAGCCACGAAAACGAGUGGAGGCUCUCCUGUUUCGUGGGGAAAGAUAGCUCACAGGCGUCUGCUGCAAGAUGCCAUGGCCACCAGCAGCACAGAUACAGCGACCUUCGCAAGCACAUGCAUCCGCUAUGUGUGGCUCCCUACGUGCAAUUGUUGGUCGUUGACGUAUUGCUGAUGCUGCUGGGGGGAAUACAACCUCUAGUCACCCCGUGAAUGUAAAUUACA